AUGAUAUUCUGCCCCCUACGACUGAUUAUUCUGCUCGUCUGCUCGCUGAUUUUCUUCUCUUCACCCCCAUCAAUAUAUUGUCUUGUAUUGACGCCAAACGAAAAAAUGAUCAUAAAAAAAGGUCUAUUGCAAAAGCUUGGCUUAACGGAAAAGCCUAUUCAAAGUGCACCUGUACUGCCCAUCCCUGAUCAUAUGUGGCAGUUCUACAGAGAUGUAGUUGAUGAAGAAAAUGAUUCCGAUUGGAUCCGCCAUUACUAUCCUACAAAAAUUAUUGAAGAAAAUUCUGGUUUAUUAAUGUCCUAUAAUCUGUCAUUAUCAGUACAACAUGAAAACCAGUUAGAAGCCAUAAGAAAGGCUGAGCUUAAAAUAAAACUGCAAUCUAACAAUCAGCAGCAGACGAGCAGGCAUGUUAACCUGUUUGUUCUUACCAAAAAUGGAGCUAAACACCGAUUACUCGACUCAAGGCCGAUCGAACCCUCGUCAGGGACUGACAAUUCGGAGCAAGUCAGAUAUAUGGACCUGGAUCUGACUGAUGUCUUGUCGACUUCAACUCCAAGCACGUUAGACUUGCUGUUGGAGCUUCCUCCAGAGACAUUUCUCUAUUCCACACCCUCUCACUCCAUAUCUAGCAUUCCGUACUCAAAAACUCAAAGUGCGGCUCUUGUUAUUCAAAGUGAACUUAGAGAUCCAUCUCGAGUUCGACGGAAAAGAACUGCCCGAAAUGGGCGACGAAAAGGACGGAAGCAGCAUCGUGUAGCAAUGGAGAGUGGCUUAUGCCAAAAGAGAGAGCUAUACGUGGAUUUUGAAGAAUUAAACUGGCAAGACUGGAUUUUAGCGCCAAAAGGAUAUGAGGCUGGUCAAUGCGUGGGAAACUGUCCAAGCCCAAUGCCUUCUCAUCUUAACGCUACCAAUCAUGCCAUAAUUCAAGCAUUAAUCCAUUCUCUUAAUCCACAGGUUCCACCACCCAGUUGUGUUCCGACGGAAACGAAACCUCUUUCAAUUCUGUAUAUGGACGUAGAAAAUAGGAUCGUAAUAAAAACUUAUCAAGGUAUGCGGGUCGAAGCUUGCGGGUGUGGUUAA